AUGGACAUUGGAUUUGGUGGAACAGCAAUCAUGACUGUGGGCAAGAGUAGCAAGAUGCUGCAGCACAUUGACUAUAGAAUGAGAUGCAUCCUACAAGAUGGCCGAAUCUUCAUUGGCACCUUUAAGGCUUUUGACAAGCAUAUGAAUUUGAUCCUCUGUGAUUGUGAUGAGUUCAGAAAGAUCAAGCCAAAGAAUGCGAAGCAACCAGAGCGUGAAGAAAAGCGGGUUUUGGGUCUGGUGUUGCUACGUGGGGAGAACUUGGUAUCCAUGACUGUGGAGGGGCCACCCCCCAAAGAUACUGGCAUUGCUCGGGUACCACUUGCUGGAGCUGCAGGAGGCCCUGGGGUUGGUAGGGCAGCUGGUAGAGGAGUACCAGCUGGUGUGCCAAUUCCCCAGGCCCCUGCUGGAUUAGCAGGCCCUGUCCGAGGAGUUGGAGGCCCAUCCAAGCAGGUAAUGACUCCACAGGGAAGAGGCACUGUAGCAGCUGCCGCUGUUGCUGCGACUGCCAGCAUUGCUGGAGCCCCAACACAGUACCCACCAGGACGGGGAACUCCGCCCCCACCUGUCGGGAGAGCAACCCCACCUCCAGGCAUUAUGGCUCCUCCACCUGGUAUGAGACCACCCAUGGGCCCACCAAUUGGGCUUCCCCCUGCUCGAGGGACACCAAUAGGUCCACCUCCCCCAGGAAUGCGUCCACCAAGACCCUAGCAUACUGUUGAUCCAUCUCAGUCUUUCUCUCCCCUGCAAUGCGUCUUCUGAAAUUGUGUAGAGUGUUUGUGAGCUUUUUGUCCCCUUGUUCUGCAUUAAUAAUAGCUAAUAAUAAAUGCAUAGAGCAAUUAAA